AUGCACGAGUUGCCGCUGGACCCGCCGUGCCUGGUACUGGUGGUUUGCGGCCUACCCUUGGCUGAGGUGCUCGCCCUGCGAGCUGUGAGCAGCUCUGCCUUGCAGUGGGCCAUGACCGGAGCCAUCGCCCACCUGGGCGAGGUGUGCAAGGCUCACCACCGGAUCCGCACUCGCCUCUGGAUCCAGCGCCUGGAGGAGAUCAACCGCAACACCGCGGAAGAAAGCGUCUACGACUCCAAAGUACGUCGUUUAGCCGAUGAUGCCCUGCGCCGGCGCAUGGAGGCCGAAAUGGCUGAUGCCCGGCAAGACAUGGAGAACCGCAUCCGAGACUUCCACGUCGAGGUGGAUCGCCGCAUGGAAGCCCAGGCAGUACGAGUGCACGCCAUCGUGGAGGAGCGUGUGCAACAGCAGCUGGAUACCAUUCUGGUGGCAGAGAUGGAGAAGGAGAGCGGGCUUUGA